CAAUCUCCAUAAAUUUGAGACAGAGCCAAAGAGUCAGAUCCGCCGGCGACGACCGAGUUGCUUCUGCGUCGGAUGGGUGACUACGAGGGCUCAGAGGCGGCGGCCGUGGACGCCGCCCGGAGAUGGCUGGAGGGGAUGAGUAACAAGAAUCCGGUCGCGAGUGCUUCCUUGUGGGCCGGCGGCCACUUCGACAUCGUCUGCCACUCCGGCCUCCGCAUCCUCCACCUCCACGGCGGCCGCGCCGUCUGCCGCUUCCGCGUCCCCGCUCACCUCACCGAUGCGGACAUGAACUGGCAGCCGGGAGCCAUCGCUGCCGUGAUCGACAACGUCGGGGCGGCCGCCAUUAUGACCACCGAGGGCAUCAUCAAGAUCUCCGUCGAAUUCGACAUCUCCUACUUCUCCGCCGCCAAAGUCGAUGAAGAGGUGGAAAUCGAUGCGCGUAUAGUGCAGCACAAAGGGAAGAAACUGACGGCGGUGAUCGUGGAGGUGCGCAAGAAAGAGGGCGGCCAUCUGGUGGCGGUGGGCAGGCAGUGGAUGUCGGCUGCCCGACCGGCCGGCGCCGGACUAAUCCCCGGACAUUCAAGUAGGCUUUGAUAUCGAUCUGCAGUUAGCAAUAAUAAUAAUAUGUAAUUUAUACUUUGAUCCUACUGUUUUUGUUAUUGUUAUUGUGUGUUUAAUUAUGGGAGAAUUCCCAUCUGAAAUAAGAAAAUAAAAGAUACAAAUGCAAAUAAA